AUGCUACAAUGCACGCGCUACGCGCUACGACUGCGAGCGAGUAGCGUAUGCUACUACACUACUGAAAUACCCAACAUCAAUAAUAGCGACAUUGAUAUCUACAAAGCACACUGGCCGCGAGAUCUCCUCCAGUACACGAAAACAGCGUAUGAGAAUCCAAACGAAGCUAUUAAAUUCCACCAUGACUUGCUACAGAGGUGGCCAUCACUCCCAUCGCAUUCACGGUUAUCAAUUGGACUCCAAAACCUGAGAUAUAUCUCGUACAACGACAUCAGUCGAGAGGGCGUUUGGAAGCAAGCCGUACAUAUGCUGCUUUCACAGCCCAAUUUAAAUACCAAGGAGUACUACAAACUUAUUAGAUUCAUCCACAGACCACAUAACAUGGACGACAAACUACGACAGACGCUGCUGUUGGAUGUCGUCGACAGAAUGAUUGAGCAGGGCGUUAAAUUCAAUCACUCAAUCCUCACUGUCAUUUGGUCGAAAAAGAUGCAAUGGCGUGAUUCAUCUUUCACGAUCAAAUUGUGGCAGAGGAUGUACGAUGCUGGUAUCUCACCUGACUUCGAUAUCCUCUAUCAGGCUUUGAAGGUUUCCGCGAAAAGAGGCAGUGUGAAUGAAUCGCAGGUGUAUUUGGAACAGAUCGGGAAAAUUCCAAACGUUUCCACCUAUCAGUGGAAAUGUGCACAAUCGACUUUCAUAUCAGCGCUGGAAGAUGAUGUUAUGGCAGCAGAAGCUUAUUAUAACAGUCUAGACACAAACAGCUACUCGGACAAAGCCAAGCUGUCUAUACUCGGUAUAAUGGCCAAAUCGAACCAAUUCACGCCUAGCAGAUUGCUCGAAAUGCUCAAUUCACUGCCAGAUUCAUCAAAAAGUAUAGGAUAUGCGUCUAUAAUGCGUGGUUUAGCGUUGAGGAGGUUGUACUAUGAUGUGAUUGGUAUAUACAAGCUCAUCCAACCUCAAUAUCACUUUCACAACCAGCAGCAUUUAAAUGGAAUGCUCAAACCAGUAAUACAAUCCUACUCACAGCUAGGUUUGUACAACGAGGCCGUCGAGUUACUAGAUGAGUACGCAGGUAAAUACGCAAUAGGCGUUGUACAUCCCCUUCUCAACAGUCUGGCAUUCAGGCGUGAAAAAUACGGUGUGUGGUGGGUUUGGAGUGCUUUACUGCGCGGAAGGUGGAAAGUAGCGCCGAAUUCGUCGACGUUUGAAAUAACGUUGAAGGCAUCCUUUAACCAGCACAGCAAGUUUAAGGGGGGUAUUGGGGGACUAUAUCCGUGCAAAUAUUUCAUAGUAGAAGCUUAUCACAACAAUUCACUCAAAUAUCACAUCAAAGAACUUGGAAGAGGGUUUAGGGCGGAGCUGCGCGAUUUGACACUUGGUCAUCACAGUGAUGUUCUUGAGCACUCGGAGAUGUUUUGGAGGAGGAUCGAAGGUGUUUUCAGAGGACUUCUCUUGAGUCAAUUUCCUCAUUUACACUCUGUCAAUGCGCCAGUCACGCUAACGUACAGUGCUGGAAAUUGGGAUAAUCUCCUCACCAAAUCUACACCAGAGAUUGAUUUAACGAGCGUUUCAAUCAAGAGUGAGCAUUUUGAUGCAUAUGUCAAGAUGUUAUUCGAGAGACGAUCUUCUGGCGGGUCGUACGAAAACACCAACCUCAUCCUUCAAGCUUUGAGUUGGAUGCGAGAGCUGGGCAUGGCUCCUUCUAAACCUACGCUAUUCAGAUGCAUAAUAGCGCUCAAUGAGAGCAUAUCGCCCAUGUUCAUAUCUGAUAUCAAGCGCAUCAUCGGGGCAUCAUCGUCAUCUAAAUCCGUCGACCAUCAUAGUCAGUUGUUUGCACUUGAUUCGUUCAAUAAAUCCGCCGACGUCGACCGAUUCUAUAAGUGGGUGAGCGAGUGGCUAGAAAUGCCACACGAAAUGGACAUAUUUACUUUCUGGAAUGCUGAAAUAAGGCGCAGUAUGGAUUAA